AUGCCCUCACCUACGAGUCCAGCUGAUGAUGCGGUCUUAUCGACUUCUAAUCAGCCUGCAACGCCGGCGUUCGGUGCUCAGGAGCCGAGUCGGAGUUCAUUCCAAACCGAACCGCCUAAUGUCCAAUCCGAUACGAUGUCCAGUGAGACGGAGGAAGACUCUCCACUGGAUGAUGGCAAAUUCAUGUCGUUCGAGGAUUGGAAGCGAGAAAACCUGAGGAAGGCCGGUCAGUCUGAACAUAUAGGAAAAGGUCCUGGAGUCGAUAGUCGAGAACCCCGAAAACGACCCGUUGGACUCAGAGACUCCCUUGAUUCACUUGGCGACGACGGCGAAAUCGACCUGGACUUCUCUGGCUUCGUCUCAGAUGGCCUAGAACCACCAAGCCAGAGCCCACCGCGACCCAGCCAAGACAUGCGGGAUAGCUCUGUCGAUUUUGAGCCAGGUCGUCUUCCAAAGGCUGGCGUAAGGAGCAAAGAUGCUGGGACAACUUGCAAGGAACGCUUCAACUAUGCCUCUUUCGAUUGCGCUGCAAACGUUCUGAAGUGGAAUCCCGAGGCAAAGAGUCCGUCUGCCGUGCUGGGAGAGAACAAAGACUCCUACAUGCUCAAUGAGUGCUCGGCCCAGAACAAGUUUCUGAUUUUGGAGCUGUGCAAUGACAUUUCAAUUGAUACUGUCGUACUGGCGAACUUUGAGUUCUUUAGCUCAACCUUCCAGACCUUCCGUGUCAGCGUGUCAGACAAGUACCCUGUCAAGAUCGACAAAUGGAAGACGCUCGGCACUUUCGAAGCUCGCAAUUCACGAGAGGUUCAAGCAUUCUUGAUCGAGAAUCCUGUCAUUUGGGCACGCUACUUGCGUAUCGAGUUUCUCACUCACUACGGGAAUGAGUUCUACUGCCCUGUCAGUCUCGUCAGAGUGCACGGGACCACCAUGCUCGAAGACUACAAGCGUGACCUGGAGGCAUUGCAGAUGGAAGACGAUGAUAAGGCUACUGAAGAGAGCGUCGACACCUCCGCAGAAGAUGGUCUCGUUCCAGACGCCGUCGCUGAGCAGCUCUUAACGCAGGCGGAACCUGGCGAGACGGUUGCUCAAACCGUUGAGGCGAAUGCUCUUGCUGUUCCUGAAACAUUUGAACCCCAGACAACACCUGCUAUCACCGCUCAGCCCUCGCCUACUGAGACUUCAGAAAUCGCGAUGCCUACUUGCCCUGCUCAAUUCGCUCUGCUCUUUACUGAGUCAGAGGUGCAGAGCAGUACACUUGACACUUGCAAUCCUUCUGAACACGAUGCGAGUAUGUCUAGUGAUCCUCAGACACGAGACAGAAUCGACAUUGUCAGCAACGCAGCAAGCACUUCGACCGGCAUCACAACCACCGGCUCUAUCGUUUCAGCAAACUCGACCAGUACGCCAUCGUCUAUCAACAAUACCACGGCAAUUGCGUCAAAUACCACAGGCAUCACUCCUAAAUCUGAUAUCGUGAUUGACUCCAGAUCCCACAACGCCUCAUCCUCAACUCCUCCUACUACCAGCACCAGGACUCCGGUGUCUUCUACUCAGACCACACAACCUGCACCUACAAUGCAAGAAUCAUUUUUCAAGUCCGUUCAAAAACGCUUGCAAAUGCUUGAGGCCAAUUCUUCGCUGUCCCUUCAGUACAUAGAAGACCAGUCUCGUGCUCUUCGCGAUGCUUUUCACAAGGUUGAGCAAAGGCAGCUGGCCAAAACAACUUCGUUCUUGGAGUAUCUAAACAUGACUGUCUUAAACGAGCUCAGAGAGUUCCGGCAACAAUAUGACCAGUUGUGGCAGUCCACGGUUAUUGAGCUGGAAAUGCAACGAGAGCGCUAUCAGCAGGAAAAUGUUGCCAUCAAUGCCCGACUUGGAGUGCUUGCCGACGAGAUUAUCUUCCAGAAGAGAGUUUCCUUCCUGCAGUUGAUUCUCAUUGUCGUGUGCCUAGGCCUGGUGCUUUUCUCAAAGGGCAGCCUGAACAGCUACCUUGAACUACCCUUGGUGCAGAGUGUUCUGUCAAGGUCUCCGAGCACUCGCCUCAUGAAUGCUGCAAGUCCGGAUACUCCCAGUCAGAGUUCCCCGAUGUCCCGCUCUAAUGCUACAGGCGCGAUGCGGAAACGAACAGGGAUUCUGAAGGGUCAUCGUCGAUUCCCCUCAGAAGACUCGGUUGAAAAUGCAAGCAGUCCGGUUGACUUGUAUCCACCAUCGACACCUGUGAGCUAUGGAGAUCCAUCCUCAGAAGGAGAGGUUCUGGAGGACAACAAUAUCCUCGGCGAUCCCCAGUUCGACCCGAGUCUAAUCGAGCGGCCUAGUACGAGUCCGCCGGUCUUGUCAGGGCCGGAUUCGCCCUUGUCUUCGGAUUUUGACAACAUCUUAGAUGACUCUAUUGACUCUGUAUUAAACAGCAAGCCAACAAAUGUUCUAGACCGGAACGCUCCCAUUUUGGUAAUCGAAGAUGCCACGCCGCCACCUAAGCAUUUGAAGUGGCAGUUGCCUGAUUCCUGA